AUCGCAUCCUCCACCUUCUCUCCUCUCUCCUCUCUUCCUUUCCGCCCUCUGCCUCUCCCACCUUGCGAGGACAACCUUGGUUCCUUUCAUCUUCAGACCUCGGUCGAGGUCAAGACAAUGUUGUCGUCACUUGAUGCACAGAGAUCUUCCCUCCUCCCCUUUCUCCUCUCCGUCAUCCUCCUCUCCUCCCUCCCCAGCGUGUCCUGCUCAGCAGACCCAGCCGGCGAAGAAGCGCUCGUGCUCGCAGCUCACCACCUCUCGGUCGACGGCUGGUGUUCCCAUCAGAUUCUCGUGGGACCUUCCGGCUUCUCCGUGCCAUCCAAGUCGUUCUGGUACACAGGCCUCGCCAACGUCCUGGACGAGCGGGGGAGAAGGGCGAACAACGUGUCGUCGGCGGUAGGAGCUGCGGAUCGAUUUCUUGCUGCUGACCGCCUGCUGGUCAAGGUUCUUCCCUUCGCUCGGCCAAAGGAGCUCGCAGAGCUGAACGCAGGGACUUGCGUGUUCAUCGGGGAAGCCUUCCAAGGCGUCAGCUGCAAAGACUUUGUGUCUGCCAUUGUCUCUGCAAAGUCCGGAAGCAUCAAACGAGUCAUCGUCUCGGGAACUCCCGGAAAAUCCAAGAAGGAGAGAAUGAAAGCCUCCCGAUGUCUGGGGACUUUGAUGCACAACAACAUGUUCCAGAUGAAAUUCAACCUGACGCUCUCAGCUGUGGAGGACCUGGAGGCUGACUACAGAGGAGGAGCAGGGGCAGGAGCAGGAGCAGGAGCAGGAGCAGGAGCAGGAGAUGAUACAUCAAGGCUCCAUGUGGACGAGGAUGAGAAAGCUUCUCUCCUCCAAGAUCAGUGCGGAAGGGUAUGUUUGACGCUCCUGCACAAGAAUCACAACAACACUCUCCUCAGCCAGUGCGAGGCCUCUUGCCGCUUCUCUCCCCUGGACCGUGUGGAGGGUGACAGGGAGCAGCGGGGUGAAGCUCGCCAUGCCCGUCGGACACCGAGCGGCAAGGUCGGGUUGACGACUCUAGGAGGAGGGGGGAGAAAGCUGCUGUCCUGGGUCGAGGUGGAGAGCAAAGCGCUGAAGUCAAGUGCGGCUGCCAUGAAGAAUGCGCUACAACCUGGGGUUCUGCUCUGUGCUGUGAUCAAGGGGAACGCAUAUGGACAUGACCUGGUGGGAGCAGCACUGGAGCUGGAGGAGGCAGGAGUGGACUACCUUGCUGUGGACUCGCUGGAAGAAGCACUCCUCCUCAGGAGCUCCAACGUCUCUGUUCCCAUCAUGCUCCUGUACUGGUCCAGCCCCUGGCUCGCUCCUCUCAUGGCGAGCAAGGCGAUCGAGCCGAGCUUCUGGGACCUCGGAUGGCUCGCAGCCGCUGCCAUCGCGCUGGAUGCUCGCAAGCAAGAGGAGGGGCAGCAGCGAGCAGGAGACCUCUCGUUGCAUCUCAGCGUGGACAGCGGGCUAGGAAGGGAAGGCUGCCUGAUGGAGGAGGCGAUGGAGCUGGUGAAUGGCAUACACAGCCUCGUCCUAGCAGGAGUGAACAUGAGGCUCAAGGGCAUCUCGACGCACUUCUGCUGUCCCAAGGACGGCAAACUGACUCGAAAUCAGUUCAGCACCAUGGCGGCGCUGCACCGGGAGGUCAGUCGCCGCUAUGGCAAGCAGGGCAUUCGUCCUCUCCUCCACACCUCUAGCGGCGGGCCUGCGAUCAUGCUACCCGAGACCCAGGCGGACAUGGUGAGGAUAGGAGGGCUCUUGUUCGGCAUCCUUCCCAACAUUCCUGAUAUCACCAGAGCGCUCAUGCAGGCUCGCGCGGUGCCAACCCGGUCGCUGCGCUGGGUGACAACCGUCGUGCAGGUCAAGUCUCUUCCUCCCGGCUGGUGCUUGGGGUAUGGGUGCAAGAAGCGGAGCGACCGUGAAGGCUUCAGAGUCGCGCUCCUGCCGCUGGGGUCCCAUGACGGUUUUUUGGAGCGAGAGCAUGGAUUCGACGCCGUUAUCAUCCUUGGAGAGAAAUGCCCGGUGAUUGCUGUGGAUGCUAAUCUUGUCACAGUCGACAUCUCGCAUAUCAGUGCGAUAUCGCCGGGAGAAGAAGCAAUCAUACUUGGAUGUGAUGAGGCAAACAGAAGCGUUUGUGUCCUCCCUACCCUCUCCACUAGAAUUCCAACCCACCUUCCAAGGUUUUAUGUAUGAUGUUGAUACUGUAAAUGCAAACUGGAACAUGCUGAUAGCAAAGCAAGACUUCUCUGUGGAUAUGUUUGAUGCAAUACACAAGCAAGGAGACCGUGCUUGAUUCGACAGAGAACUGAUUGUUCCAGCUUGCGAGCGUUGAGUUAUGUUGCACAUACAACACAGCAAAAUGAGAAAGACCAAGUCAACAAAGGCUGUUAUGAUCGGAAUCAAGAUAUGUACCAAGUUGACGUGAUGGGGGGGAAACGUACAAUUGAGCAAUAACAUUUAUGAGUGUAUACAACAAGAAUAAUCAUG